AUGUCACCUGCUACAAGGCCGCAUAAUGCGGUCGGCCAGGACGUCGACGUCACCAUGCGGGACAAAAGUCAAAGACCCGCCGUGGAGAGGCUCGCCGAUAACCUCGAGACACCUUCACUAGACGAUCGCAGUUACCGUGUCAUCAGUUUGCCCAACGAGCUUGAGUGCCUGUUGGUUCAUGAUCCAGAGACGGACAAGGCCAGUGCGGCCUUGGACGUCAACGUGGGCAACUUCAGCGAUGAGAAUGACAUGCCGGGCAUGGCCCAUGCCGUAGAACACCUAUUGUUCAUGGGGACAAAAAAGUAUCCGGUAGAAAAUGCCUAUGGGCAAUAUCUCUCCUCACAUUCGGGUCACUCGAAUGCGUACACCGGCGCCACGUCAACCAACUACUUUUUUGAGGUUGGAGCCAAACCCAGCAAUGAUGAAAACCCUUCUGAGAUCAACCCUUCUCCACUCUAUGGUGCUCUAGAUCGCUUUGCACAGUUCUUCACUGAGCCGCUCUUCCUCUCAAGCACUUUGGAUCGUGAACUCCGUGCCGUGGACUCCGAGAACAAGAAGAACCUGCAGAGCGACCAAUGGCGUUUGCACCAGCUCGAGAAGUCUCUAUCCAACCCUAAGCACCCUUACUGCCACUUCUCAACGGGGAAUUUCGAGGUCUUGAAGACGCAGCCCGAAGCCAAGGGGAUUGACGUCCGCCAGAAGUUUAUCGAAUUCCAUGCGAAGCACUACUCUUCCAACAGGAUGAAGCUCUGUGUUCUUGGUCGCGAGCCUCUCGAUGUCUUGGAAACUUGGGUGGCCGAAUUCUUCUCGGCGGUUCCAAAUAAGCACCUCCCCCAGAACCGCUGGCAGACAGAAGUGCCGUUUGCCAAGGAGCAGUUGAGCAUGCAAUGUUUCGCGAAGCCUGUCAUGGAUUCGAGAGAACUGAGCCUAUUUUUCCCGUUCUUGGACGAGGAGAUGCUCUACGAGUCUCAGCCGAGUCGGUACAUCAGUCACUUGAUUGGCCAUGAAGGACCUGGCAGUAUCAUGUCCUACAUCAAAUCAAAGGGCUGGGCCAACUCGCUAAGUGCGGGGGCGUAUCCGAUUUGCCCUGGUACACCCGGCAUGUUCGAUUGUCAGGUCCGACUGACUAAGGAGGGCUUGAAAAAUUACAAAGAAGUCAUCAAGAUCUUUUUCCAAUAUGUAGCGCUGCUUCGGGAGACGCCACCGCAGGAAUGGAUUUUCGAGGAACAAAAGGGCAUGGCCGACGUUGAUUUCAAGUUCAAGCAGAAAACUCCCGCCAGUCGCUUCACCAGCAAGAUCAGUUCCGUCAUGCAGAAACCGUUGCCCCGAGAAUGGCUCCUCAGUGGACAGAAUCGACUGCGGAAGUUCGAACCUGAGCUGAUUGCGAAAGGAGUUGAGUGUCUCAGGCCCGAUAACUUCAGGAUGACUAUAGUGUCGAGAGACUUUCCGGGCGGCUGGGAUCAGAAGGAGAAAUGGUACGGUACGGAGUACAAGGCCGAGAAGAUACCUGCAGAUUUUCUCGAGGAGAUUUCAAAGGCAGCCAAUAGCAACGCAGAGGAUCGUCUGCCCGCACUACAUCUCCCGCACAAGAAUCAGUUUAUUCCUACCAAGCUGGAAGUGGAGAAGAAGGAGGUUAAGGAGCCAGCUAUCGCACCGCGGGUGCUCCGAAACGAUGAUAUUGCGAGGACUUGGUAUAAGAAAGACGACACCUUCUGGGUCCCCAAGGCGAACCUGAUCAUCAGUUGCAAGAAUCCGAUCAUAUUUGCGUCCGCCGAAAAUUCCGUCAAGGCGAAGCUUUUUACGGAUUUAGUACGAGACGCCCUCGAGGAAUAUUCAUAUGAUGCCGAGCUUGCUGGGUUGCAGUACAACGUCACUCUCGACUCCCGUGGAUUAUUUGCUGAGGUUGCAGGGUACAAUGACAAGUUAUCUGUCUUGCUAGAACAGGUCCUUAUAACCAUGCGAGAUCUUGAGAUCAAGGAUGAGCGCUUUGACAUUAUCAAAGAACGACUCAGUCGCGGAUAUCGCAAUUGGGAGCUUCAACAGCCAUUCACACAAAUCGGCGACUACAUUUCGUGGCUCACAUCAGAGCAUGAUUUCGUCGUCGACCAACUCGAGGCAGAGCUGCCGGGUAUCACUGCCAAUGCCACCAGGGAAUUUCACAAGCAACUUAUGUCGCAAAUGCAUAUCGAGGUAUACGUUCAUGGCAACCUCUACAAGGAGGACGCCUUGAAGUUGACCGCCAUGGUUGAGAAAACCUUGAAACCACGGAUUCUACCAAAGGAUCAACUGCCAAUACUUCGCUCACUCAUUUUCCCACCUGGAUCGAACUUUUUGUACAAGAAAACGCUACACGAUCCUGCCAAUGUCAAUCAUUGCAUUGAAUACUACCUCCAUAUCGGCAAUAAGGGGGAUCGUGUGAUCCGAGCGAAGACGCAGCUCUUGGAUCAGAUUCUGCACGAGCCUGCGUUUGAUCAGCUUCGGACCAAGGAGCAACUUGGAUACGUAGUCUUCAGUGGACUUCGAGGAUGUUCCACCACAUAUGGGUUCCGCUUCAUUAUCCAGAGCGAGAGGACAUCUGAAUAUCUCGAAUCGCGCAUUGAUUCGUUUCUGACACAACAGCUAACCGCGUUGGCGGAGAUGAGCGACACUGAAUUCGAAAGCCACAAGAGGAGCGUCAUCAUCAAGCGUCUCGAGAAGCUGAAGAACCUGGACCAGGAGACUGGACGCCACUGGAGUCAAAUAGCUAACGAAUAUUAUGACUUCGAGGCCGCGCAAGAAGACGCAGCGCAUGUCAAGAUACUGACCAAAUCCGACAUGCUCGAGUUUUAUUCGACCUACAUUGCUCCAACUUCGGCUGUUCGAGCAAAGUUGGCGGUGUAUCUCAUUGCCCGGGGAACAAGCCCCAAGUCUCAGGAGGCGCCAGAUGCAGACGUUGGAAUCGAAAAAGUGCCAACGAAUGGUACCGAACCACUCAUCAUCACCAACGUGAGAGACUACAAGGCGAGACUCGUGGCGAGCGCAGGAGCUCGCCCGGCCAGGGAACUCAGCGAGUUUGAGGAUUUGGAGCCUAAACUCUGA